AUGUUAAGGAAGAAGGAGAAGAAAUUAAGGAAGGAGAAGCAGUUAGGGAAAGAGAAGGAGUUUGGGAUGGAGAAGAAGUUAAGGAUGGAGAAGAAGUUAAGGAUGGAGAAGAAGUUUGGAAUGGAGGAGAAGAAUCGAAGUAUGGAGAAGAAAUUAAGGAAGAAGAAGUUUUGGAUGGGAAACGAAAUUAAGGAAGAAGAAGUUAAGAAUGAAGUUAAGGAAGCAGAAGAAGUUAAGGAGGAUGGAGAAGAAGUUAGGGAAGGAGAAAAAGUUAAGAAUGAAGAACAAGUUAGGGAAGGAGAAGAAGUUAAGGAUGGAGAAAUAGUUUGGGAUGGGGAAGAAGUGAAGGAAGGAAAAGAAGUUAAGGAAGAAAAAAAAGUUUUGGAUGGAGAAGAAGUUAAGGAUGGAGAAAUGAUUAUAGAUGGAGAAGAAGUUAAGGAAGGAUAA